AUGAUGGGCUUCAUCUCAACCAUGGCUCGCUGUAUGCGCGAUGGUACAUUCUCUCGCAAGCACCGCACCGCCAAGCCUCAGCGUCUGGAUGAUGAAACAAAUGAUUUGAUCGAGACCAAUUCCAAUCAUGGCUCAUCGGUUGGAACAGAGAGUACUGUCUCUGCUUCCACGGCGAUGCACUAUGCAACCCUGGAACCCAUUCCUCCUAUCAAGUCACCCAAGCGCAAACAGCCGAGUCCGACCGACCUUGUACUACGAACGCUUUUCGACAAUGGCAAGGCACCGGAUGCUGCAACAGACCCUACAUCGAGGGCGUUCGCUGUUGCCGAGUACCCAGUCUACAAGCUAGACACGACCCCAACACCGGCCGAUUCACCGACGAAAAAGUUAGAGGAUGCAAUUGAUCCCGAGAGGAGAGAGUCGAGCCACAAGGGACGGAAAUCCGUCGAGUGGAUGGAUGAGAAAAUCAGGAAAGAAAUCUCUGUGCCAAAAACUAUGGUGGAGCGGGAUGAGGGACCGAUGAGGAAAGAGGCAGAGCCAAAGGACGCUAUGUCAAAGCUCAAGCGUUCCAAGACGCAGAUGCUGAGAAAGCGUUUGAAUGUGAAGUUUCCACGCGCUCCUCGGUCAAGCAGAAACUUGCGAGCCCAUGUACCGUCUGGUUGGAUUGAUGCCUCUGAUCUGGCCGAUGAAGAAUUCUUAAUUAAUGUCGAAGAGGAAAAGUGGUUGGAGGCUCACGGGCUGGGCGGCGGUAAAAACAUUGGAACGUGGAGCGGUGGGGGACUGGGACGGCCUUGGUGA